AAAAAGUGCGGUUAUGUUUGUCUUUUGUUAACCUAAACCUUUGUUCGUUCGUUAACCACUUUCAAUAUUAAUAGCAGUAUUUUAUAUUUUUAAUCAUAUUUAAACUUCAUUACUGUCAUGGCAGAGAAGUUAGAAGAUCUCAAUCUACCAAACACAAUUGUUACUAGAUUAAUAAAAGACGCUCUACCAGAUAAUGUGAAUGUGUCGAAAGAAGCACGAAUGGCUGUAGCCAAAGCUGCAUCAGUUUUUGUGUUAUAUCUUACAAAUUCGUCAAAUGUGGUGGCGAUGGCAGCUAAUCGCAAAACAAUUAACGCCAAUGAUGUUCUUCAGGGAUUGAAAGAGACUGAUUUUGUUGACUUCAUUCCACCUCUACAAGAAGCACUUGAAGGCUUCAAAAAAAAGUCAAAGAGAGAAGAAGGAUGCUGCUAGUGCCAAGAAAAAGAAGGACAAAGAAGAUGGCGGCAAGCCAGAAGAAAUGGAAGUUGAAGAAAACGAACCUGCCGAAAAUUCCGAGGCUGAAAACUGAUUAUGUGAAAUUUGAAACGUUCCAGUGAUACAGUGAUGGACUGCUAUAGGCUAUUGAAUGCACAAUUACUCAGGAUUGGAUCCCAGUGAGUUUCAAAAAUAUAAGAUUGGGAUCUCAGCUUUGUUGAAAAAUUAAUUUGUUGUACAGUGUCAAAAAUACAAUAGUUUUUUUACAAA